CCGCUCGGCUCUGCAGGUGAAGUGCGCUCCCUCGUUUGCCGGUAAAACCCCAUUAGAGGGGAUCGUUCUCUUGAAAGCCACCACCGGAGGCACCGCGGCUUGGACGGACACACUAAAAUACAAAGUGGCCGCAGCCCAUCAAGUCUAUGGUGCCGUGAUGAGGAACAUUCUGGAGUGGACCUGCCUGCUGUUGCUCCUCGCCACGCUACGCGCUAACAGUCACAGUCCGCCUGAGAAGCCAACGCUGACCAGCUGUCGCUCCCCAGAAAAAGAGACCUUCACCUGCUGGUGGCAACCUGGUUCAGACGGGGGACUGCCCACCACGUACGCCCUCUACUACCGCAAGGAAAACACCGAUGCGGUGUACGAGUGUCCUGACUACUUCACGGCAGGGGAGAACUCGUGCUUCUUUAACAAAAAUGACACGUCCAUCUGGGUCAACUACAACAUCACCGUGGUGGCCACCAACAGACUGGGCAGCACCUUUUCCGACCCCGUGGACAUAGACGUGGUUUACAUUGUCCAGCCCAAUUCACCUGAAAACGUGUCGCUGACCGUCAUGGAGGACAAAGGCUGGCCCUUCCUCCGGGUGGCAUGGGAACCGCCACCCAAGGCCGACACCCGCUCCGGCUGGAUCACGCUCGUUUACGAGAUUCGCAUCAGGCUGGAGGGAGAAAAUGAGUGGGUGAUCCAUGUGGCGGGCCAGCAGAAGCUGUUCAACAUUUUUAGUCUGCGGUCAGGCGGCUCUUACCUUGUUCAGGUGCGCUGCAAGCCCGAUCACGGCUUUUGGAGUGAAUGGAGUUCUGCCUCCCACAUCCGUUUUCCUGAUUAUUUCCAUCGAGAAAAGUCAACGUGGAUCGUCGUCACGGUGUUUUGUGCCUUCAUGGUCCUUUCCGUCACGUGGUUGUUGCGCAUGAAUGGUCACAGAAGCUUGAAGCAUUACCUGCUGCCACCUGUCCCUGGUCCUAAAAUAAAAGGAUUCAAUCAGCAACUUCUCAAGAACGGCAAGUCCGAAGAUGUCUUCAGCGCGCUGGUGAUGUCCGACUUCCCCCCGAUGUCGUCAUCGAACUACGAGGACCUUCUGGUUGAGUACUUGGAGGUCUACGUCCCGGACGAGCAGGAAGUGAAAAGCAAGGAGCUCCACGGCGGUUGUUUCAAGUUGGAGAGCUCCACAUCCGACAGUGACUCGGGCCGGGGAAGCUGCGACAGCCAUACCCUACUGAUGGACAAAUGUGGUCCGUCCAAUGGAAAUGGGGACCAUCCGAUGGGGACAGAGGAUCAGGUGGGAGGGCGAGACUGGGACGAUGGGUUGGAUGCUAAAGAAGACAUGAGUGGUUUAGAUGUUGGGAGAGUGAAGACCUGGCCAUCAGUGUUCAGUCCGUUACCUACGAGUGCUUCAAGCCUGUUGAACCAGCAGAUCUCACGAGAGUUGACUAAACAUCACUGCCUCUCAGACAGCAUGUUCUGCACACAGGGGGUUCUCGGACCAGAGUUCUCUUUGUGCUCCGCCCAGCUUGCGAUGCCACAGCUGAUCGAGUCCCGCAGUGACUUCAAUAUCCACAAACUGUCCGCAGAAAAGGACCGGGUCCAGGCGGUCACGGAGGACACCUCCGCGAUCCUCCAGACCUUCGUGCCCCAGGAGCGUGACUACAGUAAGGUGAGGCGGGUGGGCAGUGGCAACAUGCUGCUGCUCCAGAGAGUGUCGGAAAGAGGCCCGGAUGCCUGCGAGGAGAAGAGUAACUCAGCCGGGACUAAUGUCAAGACUCCGUCGGUCUGUUUGCACUCCGCCAUGCAAGGUCAAAAGGACACUGUGCUGGCAACAAGCGGGUAUGUCGACACUGCUGCCAUGGUCCCAAUGCCCACUUACUGAGCGUACCAGAGUUGGGAGAGUGGCCGUGCCAGCAACCUGAGGGUUCCUGGUUCAAUCCCCACCUUCUACCAACCUCAUCACAUCCGUUGUGUCCUUGAGCAAGACACUUCACCCUUGCUCCUGAUGGGUCGUGAUUAGGGCUUUGCAUGGCAGCUCCCGCCAUCAGUGUGCGAAUGUGUGUGUGAAUGGGUGAAUGUGGUAAUAGCGUCAAAGUGCUUUGAGUACCUUGAAGGUAGAAAAGCGCUAUACAUGUAUAACCCAUUUAGCAUUGGUAUAGAAUGUCAUGUUGACCUCCCUCAGGUUUGUUGUAUACAAAAUAUUUUUGCGUCCAUAUGGAGACGAUUCAUUUUAAAGGGGAACAUUAUCACAAUUUCAGAAGAAAAUCAGUUCCCAGUGGCUUAUUUUAUUUUCCGAAGUUUUUUUCAAAAUUUUACCCAUCACGCAAUAUCCCUAAAAAAAGCUUCAAAGUGCCUGAUUUUAACCAUCGUUAUAUACACCCGUCCAUUUUCCUGUCACGUCACAUAGUGAUGCCAACACAAACAAACAUGGCGCAUAGAACAGCAAGCUAUAGCGACAUUAGCUCGGAUUCAGACUCGGAUUUCAACGGCUUAAGCGAUUCAACAGAUUACGCAUGUAUUGAAACGGAUGGUUGUAGUGUGGAGGCAGGUAGCGAAAAUGAAAUUGAAGAAGAAACUGAAGCUAUUGAGCUAUAUCGGUUUGAACCGUAUGCAAGCGAAACCGACGAAAACGACACGACAGCCAGCGACACGGGAGAAAGCGAGGACGAAUUCGGCGAUCGCCUUCUAACCGACGAUUGGUAUGUGUUUGUUUGGCAUUAAAGGAAACUAACAAUUAUGAACUAGGUUUACAGCAUAUGAAAUACAUUUGGCAACAACAUGCACUUUGAGAGUGCAGACAGCCCAGUUUUCAUCAAUUAAUAUAUUCUGUAGACAUACCCUCAUCUGCUCUCUUUUCCUGAAAGCUGAUCUGUCCAGUCCAGUUGGAAAUGCAUCUGCUUUGAGUGUCGCAGGAUAUCCACACAUUCUUGCCAUCUCUAUCGUAGCAUAGCUUUCGUCGGUAAAGUGUGCGGAACAAAUGUCCAAUUUCUUGCCACUUUCGCAUCUUUGGGCCACUGGUGCAACUUGAAUCCGUCCCUGUUCGUGUUGUUACACCCUCCAACAACACAUCUACGAGGCAUGAUGUCUCCAAGGUACGGAAAACAGUCGAAAAAACGGAAAAUAACAGAGCUGAUUUGACUCGGUGUUUGUAAUGUGUUUGAGAAAAUGGCGGAUUGCU